AUUGAUUUGGAUACUAUUGAUGUCAGCAAUCUCAACAGACAGUUUUUGUUUCAAAAGAAACAUGUUGGAAGAUCAAAAUCACAGGUUGCCAAGGAAAGCGUGUUACAGUUUUAUCCAGAAGCUAAUAUUAUAGCUUACCAUGAUAGCAUCAUGAACCCUGACUAUAACGUAGAGUUCUUCCGCCAGUUUACGUUGGUUAUGAAUGCUCUGGAUAACAGAGCUGCCCGUAACCAUGUGAACAGGAUGUGUCUGGCUGCUGAUGUUCCUCUUAUAGAGAGUGGAACUGCAGGCUACCUGGGACAAGUAACGGUUAUCAAAAAGGGAGUGACAGAAUGUUAUGAAUGUCAUCCUAAACCAACUCAGAAAACUUUUCCAGGCUGCACAAUCCGAAAUACACCAUCAGAACCUAUCCAUUGCAUUGUGUGGGCUAAGUAUUUGUUCAACCAGUUGUUUGGAGAAGAAGAUGCUGAUCAAGAAGUCUCUCCUGACAGAGCUGAUCCUGAAGCUGCCUGGGAGCCAGCAGAAGCAGAAGCCAGAGCUCGAGCAGCCAAUGAAGAUGGUGAGAUUAAACGUGUUUCAACUAAGGAAUGGGCUAAAUCAACUGGAUACGAUCCAGUUAAGCUUUUUACUAAGCUUUUCAAGGAUGACAUUAGAUACCUGCUGACAAUGGAUAAGCUGUGGAGGAAAAGAAAGCCUCCAGUGCCACUGGACUGGGCUGAGGUACAAAAUCAAGAGAAAAACGUAUCUGACCAACAAAAUGAGUCCUCCACAAUUUUGAAGGAUCAGCAGGUUCUUGAUGUCAAGAGCUAUGCACACUUGUUUUCAAAGAGUGUUGAAACCCUGAGACUUCACCUGGCUGAGAAAGGUGAUGGAGCAGAGCUUAUAUGGGAUAAGGAUGACCCCUCUGCAAUGGAUUUUGUCACAUCUGCUGCAAAUCUCAGGAUGCAUGUUUUCAGUAUGAAUAUGAAGAGCAGAUUUGAUAUCAAGUCAAUGGCAGGAAAUAUUAUCCCAGCUAUAGCUACUACUAAUGCAGUAAUAGCUGGUCUGAUAGUGCUGGAGGGCUUGAAGAUUUUAUCAGGAAAAAUAGAUCAGUGUAGAACGAUUUUUCUGAACAAGCAGCCAAAUCCCAGAAAGAAGCUAUUGGUUCCUUGUGCUUUGGACCCACCAAAUCCUAACUGUUACGUAUGUGCAAGUAAGCCAGAAGUGACUGUGAAACUUAAUGUACACAAAGUUACUGUGCUAACACUCCAAGAUAAGAUAGUGAAAGAAAAAUUUGCUAUGGUAGCACCAGAUGUCCAAAUAGAUGAUGGAAAAGGAACUAUCCUUAUCUCUUCAGAAGAAGGAGAAACAGAAGCAAAUAACCACAGGAAACUAUCAGACUUUGGAAUCCGAAAUGGCACUCGACUACAAGCAGAUGAUUUUCUCCAGGACUAUACACUGUUAAUCAAUGUGCUUCACAGUGAAGACCUAGAAAAAGAUGUAGAAUUUGAAGUUGUUGGUGAUAGCCCUGAAAAAGUUGGCCCUAAACCAUCAGAACCAACAUCCAAGAACAUUACCAAUGGUAGUGAUGAUGGAGCACAACCCUCAACAUCAACAGCUGCGGACGAGGACGACGUGCUGGUUCUGGACUCGGAAGACGAAGGUCCUUCGGGCGGCGCCGCU